ACCGACAGGGAAGUGACUGUAGCAGGUGGGCUGCUGCCGGUGAUACCCUCGAGCACCACUUCCAGCACCUCUCCCCUGCUCUCCGUCUGCCGCAGGAUGACUUAUUCUCGCGUUUCUGACCUGCUGAGCGGAAACACACAGCACGAGCGGCGGAGCGUCGACGCACUUUGAAAAGGACGCAGAAAGAAACGGAGACUAGCUGGGACUGUUGGUGAGACGAGGGGUCGUGAAGUGACAAAGACACGACGUGAGGGCGUUUAGCUGGGUAGUAGCUGCUGUUAGACAGCAUUACAGAAGUGUAGUUGAGUGUGCGCGGAGGGCUGCAGGUGUAUUAUUUUAGAGGAGGUGACAUGCAGGUACCGACGCUGAGGAGGAUGGUCCAGUGUCCCGUUUGCUGUUGACGCUCAAUAUCCUUCACUCUGACCCUAAGUGACCAUGAAGGACACCGGGGAAUCAAAAGACCACCAACUAACUGUUGCCUUGAGGAUCCGACCCGUCAGCGAUGCUGAGCAGGAUGAGGCGGCGACGAUCGUGGCCCACAGAGUGGACGACCAGAUGGUGGUUUUGAUGGACCCCAUGGAGGACCCGGACGACAUCCUGCGUGCCAACCGCUCCAGGGAGAAAACGUACAUGUUUGACGUGGCGUUCGACUUUUCAGCCAGUCAGGAGGAGGUGUACCGGGCUACAACUAAAGGGCUGAUUGAGGGCCUUAUAUCAGGCUACAAUGCCACCGUCUUUGCCUACGGACCAACAGGUUGUGGAAAGACAUACACCAUGUUGGGGACAGACAAGGAGCCCGGCAUCUAUGUUCGAACGCUGAACGACCUGUUCCGUGCCAUCGAGGAGACCAGUGACGACAUGCUCUACAGUGUCUCCAUGUCCUAUCUGGAGAUCUACAAUGAGAUGAUCCGUGACCUGCUGAACCCAUCCUCAGGCUUUUUGGACCUGAGAGAAGACUCCAAAGGAGUGAUUCAGGUUGCUGGCAUCACGGAGGUGUCUACCAUCAACGCACAAGAGAUCAUGGAGUUGCUCAUGAAGGGCAACAAGCAGCGCACCCAGGAGCCAACAGCAGCCAACCAGACGUCGUCUCGCUCCCACGCUGUGCUGCAGGUGGCCGUCAAGCAGCAGAGCCGGAGUCGGGACGUGCUGCAGGAGGUCCGCUUUGCACGCCUCUUCAUGAUCGACCUUGCCGGCUCUGAACGGGCAGCACAGACUCAGAAUCGGGGUCAGCGCUUGAAAGAGGGGGCCCACAUCAACCGCUCCCUCCUGGCUUUGGGCAACUGCAUCAACGCCCUGAGCGACAAAAACGGCAACAAGUACGUCAACUACAGAGACAGCAAGCUGACUCGACUACUGAAGGACUCUUUGGGCGGGAACAGCCGAACGGUCAUGAUAGCUCAUAUAAGCCCCGCCUCUGUGGCUUUUGAAGAGUCCCGUAACACGCUGACAUACGCUGACCGUGCCAAAAGCAUUCGAACACGGGUAAAGAAGAACCUGAUAAAUGUGUCAUACCACAUUGCUCAGUACACCAACAUCAUCUCAGACCUGCGCUGCGAGAUCCAGCGGCUCAAGAAGAAGAUCGCAGACCAGGCGAGCCGCCAGCACAACUCAGACCGGGCUGACAUCCGCCAUGUCCAGGCGGAGGUCCAGGCUCACUCCAGCCACCAGAGUCGGGCGGAGAUGGACCAGCUGAGGGAGCAGCUCCUGGAUGCUUUCCGCCAACAGAUGGAGAUCAGGAGGAGCCUGAUGGAGCUGGAAAACAGCAACAUGGAGAUCCAGAUCGACACCUCCAAACACCUGCUAACCAUCGCGGAUUGGGAGCAGGAGCGGAGCAGACGCAGGAGGAAGUGGCGGGCCGAGAGGAGGAAGGAAAGUGUCAAUAAGGACGACAGCGAGAAGGACUCUGAUUCCCCAGAGUCUCCUCCAGACAGCACAGAGACCCAGCAGGUGGCGAUGGCCCGAGAAACCCUGGUUACGCUCAUGGCCGAACAGAAAAAGAUCCACAAACAGAAGGCGUUGCUCGAGCGGCGAUUUCUGGAGCUUCGGGAUCGGGCGCGGCGCCUGGAGGAGCUGCUGCCUCGGCGAGUGAGCUCAGAGGAGCAGCGCGAGGUCCUGUGCCUCCUCUGCAAAGUGCACGAGCUGGAGAUCGAGAACGCAGAGAUGCAGUCACACGCGCUGCUCAAGGACAACGUCAUCCGGCACAAGAACUUUGUGGUGCAGCGCUUCGAGCAGCACAGACAUCUGUGUGACGAGAUCAUACAGCAGCAGAGACAGUUCAUCGACGACCACAGUCUGUUAGUCCCUCCUCACCUCCAGGAGCUGUACGAGAUGUACAUGAGGGAGCUGGAUGAGAGGAAGCUGGACAGAGCCAUGGCCCUGGAUAAAGUGACCACCAGACACACCAUCAAGGAGGGCUCUCUACCCAAAAUCACCCUGCCCGGUCAGGGUCGAGACAACAUUCAGGACAUGGACUCAGACCAGGAGAGCGUACGCAACGUGUGCUCUGAUAACAGACGAGGCCAAGCCAAAAUCCGAAGACACACUCUGCCCCCCAUCCUGCCUGAGCCUGAGCUCGAUAAUAACAGGGUUUUUAAAAGCAGCCCUCAUGCCAGGCAAAUGAAAAACUCGGCUGUGGUGACCCCGCCUCCCAUCCACAUCAACGGGAAGGGCAACCGAGAGCUGCAGCCGCUGGUUCCUGAGAGCUCCCUGAGCUACAGCCAUCUCAGCCACAGCGUCAGCAGCCACCUGGACUCUUCCCCCGAGAGCAGCGAGGCCGGGGCCGAAAUCCCACUCUCACGAACUGAGCGACAGCAGAUCCUGAAGGGGGUCCAGAACAUCGUGGUCAAAGCAGCCCGUCGGCGCUCCAAAGCCCUGGAGGUGGACGCCCUGCGGUUACAGCCUCCGCCGUCUCCCUUGGACCCCAAGAAGCAGAAGAGCAGCCUCUCUCUGAGCGAGGCGCCUCCUACAGGUUUGCCAAUGCGGCGCGGCAGGCAGCCCAGCCCCGAGCUCAGACACGCCACCUCGGACGAUAACCUGUCCAGCAGCACGGGCGAGGGGCCCGGCCUGCAGGUGACGUGGACACGCCCACGUAACCGUCAGGUAGCCACCAAGAACCAAACGCCACGCGAGGUCGACUUUGAGGCUCGCCGUAAGAAGAGGCGGUCACGCUCUUUUGAGGUCACUGGUCAAGCACUGCCUCAAACCAAGACGACGACCGCUCAGAGGUUUCGUCCUCUGGACAGCACAUCCGACCCUCAUCUGCACAACAACAGCCAGCCGCAGGCCCCCAUGCUCCGGCCCCAGUACAGAGGGGUCCCUCCUCUCGCCAAAAUCAGAGCGCCCCACAACAUCCAGCAAACAGGCUCAAAUCCAGAGUCCUCCAGCAACCACCUGAAUAACCUGAAGCGAGGGCCCCAGCUGCGGCAGCCUCAGCCCCUCCUCUACAUCACCACCACGGGCGCCGGGGGCCAGCGCACACGCAGACACUGAGCCACCGCGCAAAUUUAUCCUCAACACCAGCACUAACACCCAAACCAGCCCGUUAAAACAAACAGUUAACCCCUCAGUGACUGAGGCCAGGCCAGACUGUGAGGCAGUAUGACGGACGCCUCCGCACAGGUCUCCUCUGGGGGCCAGCAGAAGAUCGCUAAACGUACUGUUGUGUCAAGUGUUUCCUCUUUAGCUUGCUGUCGUGCUGAGUUGUGUGUUGUCGUCACGUCACGUCAGGAUGGUGUCACUAUGAACGCAAUACUGUACUAAUGUUUCUGAGUAUAUACAGUGUGAUAAUGUUCAGUGCUCGUUAUGAAGGCCAGAAAGCGAAGCAGGGCGGACGGUAAUGAUGUAAAUGAGAAUGUAAAUGAGGGAAAAGCUGAGAGGAUCUCUCACUCAUGGUUCUGUAAAAACUGUAUAAUGAGAAACGGCCUGCAGUCACAAUGUUUCCGCAGUCUUACUUGUAGCUUUCUUGAGGUUGUUUCGAUUUAAUGACACACUAAUAUUUGAGUAAGAAAAAACGUCAUCUUGAUUGUCGUGCACUUUCACACGCCCCGGGGUCUCUGCCU